UCUUCCAAAGAAUUGAAACGCUAGAAUUUGUGUGGUCCGUUAAAAUUCUAGGGGAUCAUUGCGCCUGCUCUCCGAUGCACAAUUUAGUUUUUUAAAAAAUAGCCUGCAUAGACGCCGACAGGUGGAGCCCGUCACAUUACGCCUGGUGCGUCAAAACUCGAAGACCCCAACACCUUCCCGGGCGGCGGCGGCGGCGGCGGCUCGAUGCUACCCCGAUGCGGACGCCGGAGACCAUCGGCCCGCUCCUCGCCCGCUACGGUGCGUCGCGGUCGCUGCUCGCGGGGGCGCACCUCCACUCCCACCUCCUCAAGUCUGGCCUCCUCGCCGCCUGCCGCAACCACCUCAUCUCGUUCUACUCCCGAUGCCGCCUUCCGCGCGCCGCGCGCGCGGUGUUCGACGAAAUCCCGGACCCGUGCCAUGUCUCCUGGUCCUCGCUCGUCACCGCCUACUCCAACAACUCCAUGCCCCGGGAGGCGCUCGGGGCGUUCCGGGCCAUGCGCAGCCGCGGCGUCCGGUGCAACGAGUUCGCGCUCCCCGUCGUGCUCAAGUGCGCGCCGGACGCCAGGCUCGGCGCGCAGGUGCACGCGCUGGCGGUGGCCACGGCGCUCGACGGGGACGUCUUCGUCGCCAACGCGCUCGUGGCCAUGUACGGCGGGUUCGGCAUGGUGGACGAGGCCAGGAGGAUGUUCGACGAGUCUGGUGGCGCCAUCAGCAAGGAGAGGAACGCUGUCUCUUGGAACGGCAUGAUGUCGGCGUACGUCAAGAACGACCGGUGUGGGGACGCCAUCGGGGUGUUCCGUGAGAUGGUGUGGAGCGGGGCGCGGCCGAACGAGUUUGGGUUCUCCUGCGUCGUGAAUGCGUGCACGGGGGCCAGGGAUUCGGAAGCCGGGAGGCAGGUGCACGCCAUGGUGGUGAGGAUGGGUUAUGACGAGGAUGUGUUCACAGCAAAUGCGCUGGUCGACAUGUACUCGAAGCUGGGGGACAUUGAUACGGCAGCGGUGGUUUUUGAGAAGAUGCCUGCAGUGGAUGUUGUCUCGUGGAAUGCUUUUAUUUCCGGAUGUGUGAUUCAUGGCCAUGAUCAUCGUGCACUGGAGUUGCUGAUCCAGAUGAAGUCUUCGGGGCUGGUGCCCAAUGUGUAUACAUUGUCUACUAUCCUGAAGGCUUGUGCUGGUGCUGGUGCAUUCAAUUUGGGCCGGCAAAUUCAUGGGUUUAUGAUCAAGGCCGAUGCAGUUUCAGAUGAAUUCAUCGGUGUUGGUCUUGUCGAUAUGUAUGCAAAGGAUGGGUUUUUGGAUGAUGCAAGGAAGGUGUUCAAUUUCAUGCCCCAAAAGAAUUUGAUUUUGUGGAAUGCACUGAUCUCAGGUUGCUCUCAUGAUGGACAAUGUGGCGAGGCGCUGUCACUCUUUCGCAGGAUGAGAAUGGAGGGGCUUGACCUUGAUGUCAAUAGGACAACACUGGCUGCUGUUCUCAAGUCAACAGCGAGCUUGGAGGCAAUCAGUCACACAAGACAGGUCCAUGCUCUUGCAGAGAAGAUAGGGCUCCUAUCUGACUCUCAUGUCAUCAAUGGGCUUAUUGAUUCAUACUGGAAGUGUGACUGCCUCAAUGACGCAGUUAGGGUUUUUGAAGAAAGCUGUCCUGAUGACAUCAUAUCUUCUACAUCCAUGAUAACAGCACUCUCACAGUCUGACCAUGGUGAGGAUGCAAUAAAGCUGUUUGUGCAGAUGCUAAGGAAAGGGCUUGAGCCUGAUUCUUUUGUACUAAGUAGCCUCCUGAAUGCUUGUGCUAGUCUGUCGGCCUAUGAACAAGGAAAGCAAGUGCAUGCUCAUCUGAUCAAGAGGCAGUUCACGUCAGAUGUGUUUGCAGGGAAUGCUCUUGUGUACACCUAUGCAAAAUGUGGGAGCAUAGAGGAUGCAGACAUGGCCUUCUCUGGCCUACCAGAGAGGGGAGUUGUCUCAUGGUCUGCAAUGAUCGGAGGGCUCGCGCAGCAUGGACAAGGGAAGAGAUCGUUGGAAUUGUUCCAUAGAAUGCUUGAUGAGGGCGUUGCCCCAAACCACAUCACUUUGACCAGUGUUCUCUCUGCUUGUAACCAUGCAGGGCUUGUUGAUGAGGCCAAGAAAUACUUUGAGUCAAUGAAGGAGAUGUUUGGAAUUGACAGGACCGAGGAGCAUUACUCGUGCAUGAUUGAUCUUCUUGGCCGUGCAGGGAAAUUAGAGGAUGCGAUGGAGCUUGUCAACAACAUGCCAUUCGAAGCUAAUGCUGCAGUUUGGGGUGCACUCUUAGGAGCCUCAAGAGUUCACCAAGAUCCCGAGCUGGGAAGGUUAGCAGCUGAAAAGCUCUUCACUCUAGAGCCAGAGAAGUCUGGCACACAUGUCCUGCUUGCAAACACUUAUGCUUCAGCAGGCAUGUGGGAUGAGGUGGCUAAGGUGCGGAAGCUAAUGAAAGAAAGUAACCUCAAGAAGGAGCCUGCUAUGAGCUGGGUUGAGAUGAAGGACAAGGUGCAUACUUUCAUUGUCGGUGACAAGAGCCAUCCAAAGGCAAAGGAGAUAUAUGGUAAGCUAGAUGAACUGGGAGAUCUGAUGAACAAAGCUGGUUAUGUUCCAAAUGUGGAGGUCGAUCUGCAUGACGUAGACAAAAGCGAAAAGGAACUGCUGCUUUCUCACCACAGCGAGAGGUUGGCUGUCGCUUUUGCAUUGAUCAGCACUCCAGCUGGAGCCCCAAUCAGAGUCAAGAAGAAUCUGCGCAUAUGCAGAGAUUGCCAUGUUGCCUUCAAGUUCAUUUCAAAGAUCGUAUCAAGGGAGAUUAUCAUCAGAGAUAUCAAUCGGUUCCAUCAUUUCAGAGACGGGACAUGUUCUUGCGGUGAUUAUUGGUGAAAAUGGUUUUGUCAGAUGAUAAUUUUGUUGCUUGUUGAGAAUUCUGAUGGUUAGAGCAGUUACAUGCCUUCAUGGAGGCUUAUAGUUUCACAAGAUUUUGUAGCCAGUCAGCUGAGUGAUGCAAUGCAAUUUUUUUGUUGACAUACCCGCAGCCAUGCAUUUUGCAGUUGAAUCUGCACUUUGUAACAUAAAAAUGUUCCUCAUGUACACUGCUUUUUAAGCAUUCUUAUUCAUUUUUUUAUGGAUACAGCAAAAGGGGAGAAAACUUCAGUCGCUUGCUCUUCCCUAA